AUGGCGCCCGACCGCCUCGGCACUAGUAAAGAAUCAUUGGCAGCGACCCGGCCUCCAACCCGCGACCGCCCGGUCAAUGCACCCAACUGGCACCCUUCUUCCCCUUCAGGUCACGCUGCUAACCUGCAGCCUGAGCCACAGCGGCAGCGAUUGGCUGCAGAAAAGGGGGGGUGGGGGUGCCAGGCCGAUCAUCCUCACGUCCCACGUGUUUGGGGAAACUCUGUUUACGAGCCCGCGACUUGGUGGCGGGGGCAGUUAACGUUAGUACGGAGUGCUUCCCCCAAAGCUUCCCCCUUUCCCACCGAUCGCUCGUUCGGGGAAGCGGUGGGGACAGGCGAGAUUAUUGGGGAUGACACGGCCGGGAGUAAGAUGCGCAGGCCACCCGUUUCCUGGGUUUCGUGCGCCUGGCCUGUCUGCUCUGGCAGCACUGCAAGCCUCAAGGUCCAACCACAACCUUCUGCGAUUUCAAAGUAA